AUGAAAAUGUCGGAUUUUAAAUGUUGUGGUCAACAAGAUCAUUUUACUCGGCAUCGCACAAACAUCGGCGGAACUCAGUUUUAUCCGCUCGAUGAUAUGAAUCGUGUAAAUGGAAUGUCAGAUGAUUUUGUACCAUUUGUUUACAACAGUAAUCUACGUGAUGGUUCGCAACGCUGUUAUCGAUGUGGUGAAUUCGGUCAUAUCGCACGUGAUUACUCUUCGAUUAAUGAUAUUCGUAUGUGCUAUAACUACGGUCAAAAUAGACAUAUGCGCACAGAGUGUACAGCACCUGUGAACUCCAACAGUCAUCCGCAAUACUCGAACAGUUGUACUCGUCUAGGCCAUUUCGUACGCGAAUGUCAGAAGUCGAAUAUGAAGUGCUAUUCAGGUAGUUCACCGAGUCAGGUGACACGUGAUUGUCAGAGUAAUCGAGCGUUUUCAUCGGUGCCUCGUCAAUCAUACCCUCCGAUGACUCCACUACAAUUAUAUCCUAUGUGCAUGCCAUUGACGAAUUAA